GCCAGAAGUUGGCAUUUUGAAAUAUCUCCAUGCGGGCGUUGUACUUUGUGGGCGCGGUGUUCUCGGUCGUGACCUUGUGGGCCGUCACGCUGACAUCUCCUCCCAGUGAUGGCUUCGUGUCCACAACUGGCGGCGGUCGCACCGUGGCCGAGAAGAAGGCGCUGGCGGUUGCCUUCGUCGAGACCCAAUUGCGCCAAAACCCGACGAUCCCAGGGCUGACCUUGUCGGUUGCUUACAAGGGCGACACUGUGAUUGCGCAGGGCUUUGGCUUGAAGCAGUCUGACAACCCCAUCUCGCAAGUCACAGCCAGCACGAUGUUUCAAAUCGGGUCGUACUCCAAGACAUUUAUUGCCGUGGGCAUUGCCAAGCUGAUUGACGACGGCAAGAUGACGUGGCACGAUCCUGUGAAAUCACACCUCCCAUGGUUCAAACUCCAAGACAAAUACGCCGAAGAGUACACGGCUCUGGGGGAUUUGCUGUCGAUGAACUCGGUGUUGGGGGCGUUCGACGGAGACCUGGCGUUUGUGUUCGGCCUAUUCCCCACUGAGCGAGCAUUGGUGGAGCACUUGGCAGAGCUCAACACCACUCGAUCCAUUCGAAGUGGUUAUGCAUACUCGAAUAUGAACUUUGAGAUCCUCGGCCAAGUGAUCGAACACGCCACCAACCAGACGUGGCCUGCAUUCCUGCGACAGAGUAUUUGGAACCCAUUGGGCAUGCACGAAACGUUUGCCAGUCCUGCCGAGGCCGCCGCCGCCCACCAGGGCGCCCACCUCGCCGACGGGCACAUGAGCUGCGGAGCUAAAGUCAUUGGACCGUUUAACACUGUCACAGACUCGUUGGCACUGCUGUCGACGGCAUUUUCCGACCUCGCAGCCGGGUCCGUCGUCAGUUCUGCCAACGAUUUGGCUAUUUUCAGCCAUUUUCUGUUGAGCUCAGGUCGAGAUCUGUUCAAGUCGUCUACCCUCGUGCAAGAGAUAACUACGGGGCACACCGUUCUGGACAACAUGGUCGUGGUAGACACGGACGCCGCCGAUGCCUUUGGCUUUGCUUAUAACCCCGACGGAAAUGUCAUAGCCGCUGGCUACGGCAUCGAUGUGGUGGGGAACGUCAUGUUUGGCUACGACUUCUUUACCAAAAACGGCGAUACUGCGACCUUCAAACAGCGCAAUGGAUUUGUUCCUAGCGAACGCCUUGGGGUUGUGCUGGCGGCCAACACGGGCGCCAAGUCCCCGCCUGGCUCGGCGCCGUACUUUCUCCUCGAUCGCAUUCGAAGUUACCUCCUCGGCAUCUUCUUGGACGUGCCGCAACCUCAAUUGGACGCGAUGUGGAACCAAGCCAUUCAUCGAGCCAACCAACUGCAGCCGGACGGCGUCGGCGACUGCGACGCGCAUUUCUUUCAAGGAGUUCCAUGGGAAGUGGAUGGGCUUGUGAUCUCCCCAACGACCCAAGCCAAGUUGGUUGGGUCAUAUGUGGCGGUGGCAUCCCCUGGCUUGUACGACUACCUGAAGCUUACGAGGCAAAGAGACCAGCUUGUACUUCACUAUGGCAUGUACACACACAAGCUGAUUGCGACGGCUGACCCAGAUACGUUUAUCUGGGAUGUGGAAAUCGCCGGGCGAAGUUUGACGGUGCAAGUGUCGGACGUGGAUACCCUCUUGUUCCUCGGCAUAUCGUUUGUUCGCAACGCUUAAGCUGGGAGUGUUUGGUGGAAGUAAUAAGUAGCUCACGAGUAGUUUAACUCUGAAUCUUGCGACGUCGGUGCUGUUGUGAACUCCCCUAUGGCCACUUUAAAUAACAUGGGUGUGAAAGGACAUUUCAAACAAACCGAUAUUGCGGCAAAUCGAUACUCCG